CGGGAAGGGCGCAGCGCAAGAAACGCGGGGCCCCUGCGCCUCGCUGCUCAGCCCCGAGUGCCUGGGGAAGGCUAGCGGACGUGGGGGACGUGCGGGAAGGCAUCCCUCGUCCGGGAUGGCCGGAGGGGCCUCCUCCCCUUCCUGCUCAUAGAAGGCGAGGAGGGGGGUCCGCCAGCCGGCGAGGCUCCUUUGCCAGCCCUGCCCGGCCAUCUCGCCUCGCUCAGCCAAUGGCAGCGCAGGAAGGGGGCAGGUUUUCGACUUAGUCACUCUCGCGUGGAGGCACGGCGGAGAAAGGAGCAUCCUUUUUUCCCCCGGCCGGGUUGAGGACGGCACCGCUGGGGUCUUCUUUUCCCUUCUCGUGGCCAGGGAGCCGGGGAGCCGCGCGCUUCCUUCUCCAUCCUCCCCGCCCAGAUUCGGGUUGCCUUCUCUCGGGGCUGCUGUCCGGCGACGCCGUCAGGGACCCCCUUCGGUUUGCAGAAUGAUCGCUGCUCAGCUGCUGGCCUAUUACUUCACCGAAUUGAAGGAUGACCAGGUCAAAAAGAUCGAUAAAUAUCUAUAUGCCAUGCGGCUGUCGGAUGAAACUUUGCUGGAUAUUAUGGGUCGCUUCAGGAAUGAAAUGAAGAAUGGCCUCUCAAGGGAUUUUAACCCAACAGCCAGUGUAAAGAUGCUGCCUACCUUUGUAAGGUCUAUUCCUGAUGGCUCAGAGAAAGGAGAUUUCAUUGCCCUGGAUCUUGGAGGGUCUUUCUUCCGUAUUUUAAGAGUGAAAGUCUCUCAUGAGAAAAAGCAGACGGUGCAAAUGGAAACCGAGAUUUAUGAAACUCCAGAAGAUAUUAUGCAUGGCAGUGGAACACGGCUUUUUGAUCAUGUUGCUGAAUGUCUGGGAGAUUUUAUGGAGAAACAAGAAAUUAAGGACAAGAAAUUACCUGUUGGCUUCACAUUUUCAUUCCCAUGUAGGCAAUCUAAGUUAGAUGAGGGUUUUCUGAUUACCUGGACGAAACGUUUCAAAGCAAGUGGUGUCGAGGGAGCUGAUGUAGUAAAGCUGUUAAACAAAGCCAUCAAGAAACGUGGGGAUUAUGAUGCGGACAUCAUGGCGGUGGUUAAUGACACUGUUGGGACAAUGAUGACCUGUGGAUUUGAUGACCAGCGUUGUGAAGUUGGCUUAAUUAUCGGUACUGGUACAAAUGCCUGCUAUAUGGAGGAAAUGAGGCACAUUGAUCUGGUGGAAGGUGAUGAAGGGCGCAUGUGCAUCAACACAGAAUGGGGUGCAUUUGGAGAUGACGGCUUAUUAGAAGACAUCCGGACUGAAUUUGACAGGGAGAUUGAUCGGGGUUCCCUUAAUCCUGGGAAGCAACUAUUUGAGAAGAUGGUCAGUGGUAUGUACAUGGGUGAACUUGUCAGGCUUAUCCUUGUAAAAAUGGCCAAAGAAGGUCUCCUUUUUGAGGGGCGAAUCACUCCCGAACUUUUGACCAAAGGGAAAUUGGAAACUAAGGAUGUUUCUGCCAUAGAGAAGAGCAAGGAAGGUUUGCAUAAAGCCAAAGAGAUACUGACACGUCUUGGGGUUGAGCCUUCCCAUGAAGACUGCAUUGCUGUCCAGCAUGUGUGCACCAUUGUGUCGUUCCGCUCUGCAAACCUGGUGGCAAGUUCUCUGGGUGCUAUCGUGAAUCAGCUGCGAGACAAUAAAGGAGUUGGCCGGCUGCGCACCACGGUGGGGGUGGAUGGAUCCCUUUACAAGAUGCAUCCACAAUACGCUAGGCGCCUGCAUAAAACGGUGCGGCGCUUAGUGCCUGACUCGGAUGUGCGUUUCUUGCUGUCUGAGAGUGGCAGCGGGAAAGGGGCUGCCUUUGUGACAGCUGUAGCCUAUCGGUUGGCAGAGCAGCACCGGCUGAUUGAUGAGACCCUGGAGGAAUUCAAGCUCACCAACGAACAGCUGCUUCAGGUGAAGAAGCGGAUGAGGAUGGAGAUGGAGGCUGGCCUGAGGAAGAAGUCACAUGACCACGCCAAGGUCAAGAUGCUGCCCACCUUUGUCCGCAGCACCCCUGAUGGGACAGAAAAUGGAGACUUCCUGGCUCUGGAUCUUGGUGGAACAAAUUUCCGUGUCUUGCUUGUGAAGAUCCGAAGUGGUAAAAGAAGAAUGGUAGAAAUGCACAAUAAAAUAUAUUCAAUUCCUGUAGAAGUUAUGCAGGGGACCGGAGAAGAGCUGUUUGAUCACAUUGUCACCUGCAUUUCGGACUUCUUGGAUUACAUGGGAAUAAAAGGAGCUUGCCUCCCUCUGGGCUUUACGUUUUCUUUUCCUUGCAAUCAGACCAGCUUAGAUGCUGGUAUCCUUUUGAAUUGGACCAAGGGUUUUAAGGCUACUGACUGUGAAGGAGAGGACGUUGUUAAUUUGCUAAGAGAUGGAAUUAAAAGAAGAGAGGAAUUUGAACUCGAUGUUGUGGCUGUGGUGAAUGAUACAGUUGGAACGAUGAUGACUUGUGCCUAUGAAGAUCCAAAUUGUGAAAUAGGACUUAUUGUGGGAACUGGAAGCAACGCAUGCUACAUGGAGGAAGCAAGAAAUAUUGAAAUGGUUGAGGGAGACCAGGGAAGGAUGUGUGUGAACAUGGAAUGGGGUGCCUUUGGGGACAAUGGAUGCCUAGAUGACAUCCGGACAAUCUAUGACAAAGCUGUGGAUGAAUAUUCAUUAAAUAGUGGCAAGCAAAGGUAUGAGAAGAUGAUCAGUGGGAUGUAUUUAGGGGAAAUUGUCCGUAACAUUUUGAUUGACUUCACAAAAAGAGGAUUCCUCUUCAGAGGUCAAAUUUCAGAGACACUGAAAACUAGGGGCAUUUUUGAAACCAAGUUUCUUUCACAGAUUGAGAGCGAUAGGUUAGCAUUGCUUCAGGUCCGUACCAUCCUCCAGCAGCUUGGUCUGAACAGCACUUGCGAUGACAGUAUAAUCGUGAAGACGGUUUGUGGAGCAGUGUCACGGAGGGCGGCUCAGCUGUGUGGGGCUGGAAUGGCUGCUGUCGUAGAUAAAAUAAGGGAGAACAGAGGCUUGGAGCAUCUGGACAUAACCGUGGGCGUAGAUGGUACACUAUACAAGCUUCAUCCACACUUUUCAAGGGUCAUGCACCAGACGGUGAAGGAGCUGGCACCCAAAUGCGAUGUGACAUUCCUGCUUUCAGAAGACGGCAGCGGCAAGGGAGCUGCCCUCAUCACUGCGGUGGGUUGCCGACUCCGUGAUUCUGAGCAUAACUGAACUCUGCUCCCUGGGCUGCUCACGACUUCCAAGCACUUUCUUGACAAGCAGCGGUUCUGUAGUCUGGACUGGCGGGGAGAGCCCAGAAUUUACUGCUUGGUGGAAGAGUUGGGUUUAAAAAAAAAGUAAAAUAAAAAUAGAAUGCUGAUUAAGUAUGCUGUUGCUGAUAAUAUCUCCCACUUUGGAUCCUUUGUCUGCAUGUGUCUCUUUCUGCCCUAUUUAGUACAUUCCCCAUCUGUAGAUCAUGAAAAAAAUGGACCUAUAAUUUAAACAAAUGUCAGAAAUGAGUUUAUGAUUUGGGGUUCUAAAAUUACAGCCAGAAAAUAGAUGUGAGCAAGAGCAGGUGGUACUGUGUCAAGUGUAUUCUUUGCAGCUGCUGCUACAUCCAUAUUAAAUACAUAUACCACCAACAGCGUGAAUAUGAAGCAAAUGCUUAUGCAAAGGGAACUUAGCAAUUCUCAUCUGAACUUUCCGCCUGAUGUUUUAUUCCCUCCUCGCCCGUCUUGGAGUUUCCACAGAUGUCUGGUAGCAUCUGAACUUUCAGUUUUCCUUUAACAACCUGAAUUUUCUUCUUUUUGCACUGAACCGUUGGAUGGACAGAUCAAUUAAUCAGUCAACCAAUAUCUCUCCCCGCGUGUCUAUUAUCACUGGCAUUUCCCUUUGCUUUGGUGAUCGAUGUCGAAUUUCCAAGUAAAAUGUGUACCAUUGCAAAAGGCAAGUCUUUAUUAAUAAAAUCAAGUUCCCUAGGGUAAUCCAAAUCUCUAGUUAUGAGAAAUGAUUUUUGCCUUUUUAUUGGCUUGCUAUUUUCCAGGGUUUCCUUCCCUCCCUUCUCUUAAUAAAAAAGUUUGGAAUUCCCUUGUUUUAUGUCCUGCUGAGAGCCACUUUCAAUUUAUAAGGUCCUGAAUUCUGGGAGAAACACGAGAGCUUGCAUGGGGGAAUAUAAUGUGAUGUAGGGGGCAGAGCCUUGAGUUUCUGUCACAGAUGCACAUCUGGAAGAACUGAAUCAGUGUAAGGCCAGUAUUACCAUCCAACAUCCAAGCCUAUAGGCAUCUGCAGAACUGGAGCCUCAUCUCUUUUUCUUAUGUGUUGAGGUAGGACUUUGUGUGGUUUUGGCCACCAUCUUCACUUUUUUUUAACAACAUCCACCCCUCUGCCCCCCCUCGACUCCCCAGCCAAUCCUGUUCAGCCUUUGCUCUGGACUUACAACAGCACUGACUAUGGACCUGACCACCAUUUUGAUUUUCUCUCAUAGCCCAGGGUGCCUGCUAUGAUAUUAUUCUAAAGCUUGCAGGAAACUGAACAGGUGUGGGUGGCUUCCUAAUUCAGAUGCAUCUGUAUAGCGGCAUUUACACAAUUACAAAACAUUAAAAAGUCUUGACUUUGCUAUAGCCAAAGAAUCAGAGGGGGAAAUGUGACAUACUCUAUCUUCUAUUAAUGUUACAGUAGCAGAAUUCAUGGUGGUGAAAUCAUAUUGAUUUUUAUGGAGUUGAAUUGCACCCAUUAUACUUCUGAAAACGGGCACUUGGAGGUAGUUUUAAGAGCAGUGUUAACUUUUAAAUUAGGCAUGUGGGUAGCACUCUUUAACAAUUCUAGGAACAUUAAAUUUCAAGGCCUGGUUUAUGCUCCAGCUGGAUUUGGUGGUGUGAUUUACCAAGAUACUUUAAAAAUAUUGUUAGCGGUAGCGCCAAAGAAAACAAUGUGCAAACCACGGAUAUCCCAGUCACAAGAUUUCUCAGUGUGACCUAGACUUGAAAUUUCAAACUAGAAUGUGACCAUAGAGAUAUCUGAGAACCAUUCUCUUGUUAGUAAUAGCCCAAGUAGCAAGUAUGUCAGCUGGUCUUUUUAAAGGCUGGCCAGCUACCUCCAUUCCAGUAUGAGAUGAUAUCAAUCUCAUCAUUGGCAACAGCAACAAGAAGAUAAAGCAAGCUUAGUGGAUUACUUUAUAUAUCAAGAUUUGGAUUGCCCUCUCUUUUAAUAAGCAUUUUCAAUACACAUUUUGAUGCAUUGUGAUUGAAUGUUGCGGUAAAAUGAGUCUCGCCCAGUAUUUUGCAGCUUUGUGCGUGUGUGUGUGUGUGUGUGUGUGUCUGUCUUCCUGAAGGGCUGCAUGAUUCCCAUGGUUUUCCUAUGCUAGAAAGUUUUUUUAUAUUGCCUAGUAGUAGUGGUGAUACUACAUAGUGCAAAGUGGAUAUUUGUGACAUAAUUAAACUUUAUUUUGAUGUGUGUUUA